GCAGAAUUGCUACUUUCCAGCCGGCGCCUUUCAUUCAUAAGGGAGCCGAGCGGCGCUGGGUCAGGCUCAAUUUCACGCUUUUUGGACGCGGCUCUAGGGUAUUGCAAGGGCGGCUCCGCUCCGGGCUACACCUGGGAAGACGCUUCAGCAGGUUCGUUCCGUGGCUUGUUGCCGUCGUCAGCCCUCAGGAUGAAGAGGAACCUGGUCUGCUGGUCGCUCGUUGUCUUCCUCGCACUGUUGAGCCGGCACCGGGCAUGGGCGCUGGCAUGUGGGGAGCAGGAAUACUGGACCGUGGAGGGGGACUGUGCCCCCUGUGCGGAGUGUCCCCCCGGAGAGGAGCCGGAUAGGAAGUGCGGCUCUGGGCAAGGCCUAGGCGUGACCUGUCGAGCCUGCUCUCCGGGCACCUUCUCGGCCAGCCACAGCACAGCGCCCUGCUUGCCUCAGACCGCCUGUGAGGCCAGGAAGAGGGUCCACGCCAGCCCUGGGACAGCCGCAGCAGACAGCCGGUGUGGAGGCUGCAUGCCAGGGUUUUACAGCCCUGAAGGAGAGACGGACUCAACAGCCGAAUGCCUGCCAUGCUCUUCUGCUCCCAAAGGCGUGCCGGGCUGCCCAGGCGCGAAGCAGUGGCUGACCCGGCUGGCGAGGAACGUCGAGGCCCUGCACAGACGGGACGAGAGGGCGGCAUCCAAUGGCACGCGGGACGGGAAGCGGGAGGAACACACCACGCAGUACGCCGUGCUGGCCAUCGUGCCGGUCUUCUGUGUCAUGGGGCUGCUGGGCAUCCUCUUCUGCAACCUCCUGAAGAAGAAGGGCUACCACUGCACGGCCCACAAAGAGAGCGACGAGGACGUGGCGAAGGCGGAGAGAGGCGGUAAGGGCCACGGGGUGGGCUCUGCACGCUCUCCCCGCAAUCCCUGCUUAAGCGCUCGUGCCUAGCACCGACUGGGGCAGCAGGGGGCGUUCCGGAGGUAGGAGGGUGCUAUGUUGCCUUGCUGCACUGUAGCUCCAGAUGCCAGACCUCGACUGCCUCUCUAGCGCCCCACCGUGGCUGAUCUGAGUGUGGCACCCAUCUCUGUGCCCGCCCUUUGGGUGGCACGACAGGCACACUGGAAAUACCUGAGAUGAUGUGGAAGAACUAGACCAGCCCCAGCUAUGCCCCAGCCUGGCAGAGGGGAGAGAUUGGCCUCCGAGUCCCCCAGCCCAUGGGCACUGUGGGGGGCAGAGUGGGCACUGUGGAUGUGUGCUGGGAAGCCUGGCAGCCUGGGUGCAUUGACCGUACCAGUAAG